AUGGCACUAACAUCACUUUUGGCCUUAGCUCUUGCCUUAGCCAUCUCCAUCCAAGGAACUCUUGGCGAGAUUCGGUGUGAGGAUCUGAGCGAGAACUCGUGCGCGUUCGCAGUCUCGUCCACGGGCAACCGAUGCGUGCUCGAGAGACGCAGCUUCCUGCGCACGCUCGGGACUCCGGAUGGGUACACGUGUCGCACGUCCGAGAUCUUGGCUUCUGACAGGCUCACCAACUACAUCGAAUCCAAGGAGUGCAUCGCCGCCUGUGGGGUCGACAAGCGGGCCCUCGGCAUCUCCUCCGACUCCCUACUCGACCACAACUUCAUCAACAAGUUAUGCUCUGUGUCGUGCUACAACAACUGCCACAACAUCGUCGACCUCUACUUCAACCUCGCAGCCGGAGAAGGUGUGUAUAUCCCCAAAGUAUGUGAAAGGCACCGCUCGGGCGCACGCCGUGAGAUGAGGGAGGAAAAAUUGUACUCGGAGGAUGGACUUGCCUAUGCACCAACUAGUCUAUCACAAGUUAAAGAUUUCCUUGCCGACGACACAAAUGGUCCCGAAGCUGCAGCCCCCAACGCCUAUUGA